CAGGAACUGAGUCUUAAAGAUAGUAGCCCAGUAAGAAUGAAGUUUCUUGUUUAUGGUGCCGAUGGAUGGAUCGGAAGCCUCAUUUGUGAAAUUUUGGGUAAUGCUGGCGAUGAAGUACUAAAAGGGAGUCGGAUAGUAACUAUAGAGGACGUAUGGAGAGAUCUAAAAUCAACCGAACCCCAUUAUGUCGUGUGCAGUUUAGGACGAACAUGGGGGAAAGGUAACAACUCUAUCGAUUACCUUGAACAACCUGGGAAAUUAACCGAUAACGUGUUCUCUAAUCUUACGGCCCCAGUUUUAAUAGCGCAAGCUACGGCAUCAUGCUAUACACCGUUCCCUGUUCCGGUUUUAUACAUCGGAUCAGGAUGCAUCUUUGAAUAUGACGAAAAACAUCCACAAAACGAUGGGCCUGGCUUUACGGAAAACGAUCUGCCUAAUUUUUUCGGCUCUGCUUACUCCGUUGUAAAAGGUCAAACGGAUCUAAUAAUGAAAAACUUCUCCCACGUUCUCAGUGCCAGGAUAAGGAUGCCUAUAACUGAGCAGAGUUCGCCUCGAGACUUUAUAACAAAAAUCCUGGGUUAUAACAAAAUAAUAUCAGUACCAAAUUCGGUUUCCGUUUUAUCUGACAUUCUACCAUUUCUUAUUGCCAGUCUAGUUAAUGGGAAACGAGGAACAAUCAACGCCGUGAACCCGGGAGUCAUCGAGCAUGAAGAAAUUGUAAAACUUUAUGAGCAAAUUUCUGGCCGGCAACAUGUGUACUCAUUGAUGACGGUUACGGAGCAAGAUAGCAUUUUGCUAGCGCGCAGAUCCAAUAACUUGCUGUGCACAAAGCUUCUUGAUCAGUGGUUCUUUCAACUGCCGAAGCACCUCAGAUCAAAGUAUAAUGUGCCAGAAAAACUACCUUGUGCCAAGGAAAGAAUUCGUCAUAUUCUUGCGGUACGCGAACCUAAAGCAGUGAAUGCGAUAAAAUCUAAAAUUAUCCUUGUUACGGGAGGUUGUGGCUUUAUUGGUUCUAACUUCAUCAAUUACUGGACGAAGCAAUAUCCAAAUGACAUGAUCGUCAACCUUGACUCACUACAACUGAGUGCUAAUCCACAAAACAUCGAAAAUCCCAAUCACUAUAAAUAUCAUUUCAUACAUGGCACUUUACUUGAUGCUCCGUUAAUAACGAAACUUUUUCAAGAUUUUGCUUUCACUCAUGUGGUUCACUUUGCUGCAGCCAGCAACGUGGACCAGUCAUUUAGCCAUCCAAUGGACUGCACCACAUCAAACGUUCUAGGUACUCAUGUCUUGCUGGAAGUUGUUCGGAAAUCCCAGGAGUUGCAGAUGCUUGUUUACAUCUCCACGGACGAGGUAUAUGGCGAAAUUGCACAUGGUACUAGUUCAGAAUCUUUUCCAUUUCUCCCAACCAAUCCAUACGCUGCGAGUAAAGCAUCGGCGGAGUGUUUAGUUAUGUCUUACGGGAAAUCUUACAACAUUCCGUACAUAAUUACUAGAUGCAACAAUGUAUACGGUCCUUAUCAAUAUCCAGCUCAAGCAAUACCAAAAUUCUGCCUUCUCCUGCUGAAGAAGCGUCGGAUGCCCGUCCACGGGUCGGGUCACGCUGUAAGGCGAUUUGUACACGUCCUUGAUAAAUGCCGGGCGCUGGACAUCAUAAUGGAAAAAGGGCAAAUAGGAGAAAUUUACAACAUCGGGACGUUGGAUGAAGUUUCUAUCUUGCAAAUUUGUGAAUUACUUCUUGAAGAAAUUUUCAAAGAGAGUACCGUUUUGCAAGACUGGAUUGAUUACGUUCCUGAUAGACCAUACAACGACUGUCGCUAUUCCGUGGAUUUUUCGAAGCUAAAGGCCUUAGGAUGGAAGCAAAGCAUCGAAUUCAAAAAAGGAUUUGCCGACACAGUCGAGUGGUAUAAAAACAAUCAAAAUCAUUGGGGAUCGAACGGCCAUCUAGACGAAGCAUUCCGAACGUCUGAUCAUAGUACAUAACGAAAACAAGGGUGCGUUUUCAUUUCUUGGAAAACUUUUUUUCGGUUUGCCUGCAGUUUUAUCACCAGGAAUCAUAUUUAGACGUCUUCUAGUUUAGCAACGAACCACGCUUUAUGACGUACCGGGUUAAUAAAUUUUGCAUGCUUGAA